CAUUUCAAACCCUACUCUACGCUCGUCGCCAAAGCGAUUCUGCUCGUGCUUCGGUUCAGGGUUGGCUUCUGCUGGGUGGCAGUACUGUGUCUGUGUGUUAUUUUCUCUCUUGGCCAAAAAACCAUCAGCUGAAUCUUUUUUGUUUAUCUUUUGCCUCACUUUUAGGUAUUCAUGGUCAUUCGACUGUAGACUUUUGUUCUAAUUUCAAUAGCGGUCAUUGACACGCAACUGAUAAGACUGGCCUCUUUAUCACUUUUCUAACAGGCUUUGUUGAUCUUCUCCUAAAAGGCUAAAUGCUUCGAGUUUCGGAGUGUUGUUGUUGUCGACUAAGGAAAUUUUAUCGCAACUCUGUGUGCCUGAAACCCAGCUAGAUAAUACUGCUGAGUGCUGAAUGUAUUAAAAUUGUACGGUUGGUGCCUCGAUGCAGACUAGCCCGAUGGAGCUUACAGGUUGAUUAUAAAAAUUUACAACUCGCUCCGGUGUGCAGCGUGCACGGUUUGUUAUUCCUCGUUCUCGUCCACGUUUUUAUGCCCACUUAUUUUCUCCUUGAUCGUCUCCUGAAUGUGGCAUGCCAGCGACAGCUUCACCGGACUGUAUGGCUAUUUGUGUUCCAGCGGAACAAAAUGAAACUUUCACCGUGAACGAAGAUGUAGUCAGUGUGGAUGAAGACGGAACGGACAUUGUGUCCGAGACGGAAUGUCUACUGACGUCCACGCUAAAAAAUGGCCGCAUAUCACUGCUGUCGUCCGCUAGAACAACCCUGCCACAUGAAAUCGAAGCCGUUUCCGAGUACACCCAUGCCGUGGUUACCACAUCGAGAACGGUUGGGCUGCUCCCACCAAUUCCCGAGAGCGAUGGAUGGGAAAGUUUUGAGCCACCGAAAGACUCGGAGGAGGAAGAACAGGAGUCUGCUGGCGAGCGGGAGAAAAUGUUUCUGGUAAAUCAUGAGCAUCAUGAUGAUGAAGAUGACGACUUUCCUGUUCCCUCCUUCACAAGAAUCGUCCAUGAGCACGACGAAGCACACUUUGAAGGCCAGCACGACAAUGAUACUGCCCAGUUGUUUCAUGAUCUCUUGCAUCUUAAUCAUGUUGGAGACCAUGUGGCAUUUUCUGGAGCCGAUAGUCAUCAGUAUCUUUUUCAGCAUUUUGACACCGACGCCCUGGAGUUCGAAGAGGCUGCGGCGGUUAGACCGAAAUUUAUUGGACAGUAUCUGCUUGGAGAUUGUUUAGGUGAAGGAAGUUAUGCCAAAGUGAAAGAAGCCUUAAAUACAAUUACUUUAGAACGGACUGCCGUUAAAAUUUUCUCUCCUGUAAAAUUAAAAAGGAUUCCUAACGGUAUGCAGAAUGUGCUGAAGGAAGUUAAUAUACUGCGGAAACUGGAUCAUCCCAACGUGUGCCGGAUGAGGGAGUUAUUGAAGAAGGAAUUAAAGAAGAAAUUGUAUUUGAUUAUGGACUUUGCGGUUUGUGCCAUUAGUGAUUUGACAAAGACCUUGCCUCAAGAACGUCUUCCGGCCUGGAAAGCUCACUAUUAUUUUGUACAGUUACUCGAUGGAUUGCAGUAUUGUCAUUCGAAAGGUGUGAUACAUAAGGACCUCAAGCCUAGUAAUCUCGUUGUCACUACACAGGAUACCCUGAAAAUUAUCGAUUUUGGGGUCGCCGAACAGCUUUCUCCUUAUGCUUCAAAUGAUUUAAUCUUCAGCAGCCAAGGUACUGAAUACUGGUUUCAUUACACUGCUUUUAGGCCGUCAUUGGACGCCGUGCGCCACCAUCCCUGGGUUCGGCGGCACUGGCCGAUGCCACCGGCGGGAAUUCCCAUACAGGAAACUAUUGAUAAGGCCGCCGUUCGGUCGGUGGACAGCUUCCUGCCCUACAUCAAGUCUUAUUAUCACUCCAGCGCCCGCACCAGUCGAGCUGGCAGUAUUUGUUGUACUACGGGUGGACGCAUACAGCAUCACCAUCAUCACUAUCCCCGCUGUCAUUCGCAUCAUCUGGUACCGCACAACAGCACCUGGAAAUCUUGUCGACCCAACCAUGAUCGACGUCGAACGUCCAUUGAGCCGCGACUUUUAGCGCACAAUAACAGUAUCCGGAGUAUUCAUAAACAUAGAGAUGCUACUAAUCGUCGUGCCACUAUCGAUGAAACCGCUACUGGAGAGCAUUCAGUAGGCGCGGCCACAUUGGACCGGUCUGAGAGUGCUGAGCAAGGUUGUUUUGCUGUCAAAAAGUGGAAGCUGUGUAGAGUUACAUGAAUUAUGUAUUAGAUAGACAGUUUGAGAGUUCGCUUGCAGCUAUUAUGGGUAUGGUUUUUUGGACACUUGGUCUUUGUUUGUUGACAUGUUGAUUUGUACAGCAUUAUUCCCGGUACGUUUUUUUGUUUCUUUGUUCAGCCUGUGUUUAUGCUAUAGUGCGCCUUUUUUCUCGUUUAAAUCCCCGUCGGCUUUCAAAGUUUCAGUCUUCUGUUUGAUACGGUCCCGUUCUGUUUUGUGUUGGGAAUUCGCUUCUUGUGGCGAGCUUUUUGUUGAUUCGACGAAACGAGUUCCUGAUUAAUUGAUUAAAACCACAUGUGACUUGAA